AUUUGUGAGUCGUCUGUUCGCAGGGGGCUCGAGUCAUCUUCUUGGUAUCUCUUCAUUCCUAGCACAGGUGCCGAGCAGCCAGUCGUUUUAAUGGUUAUUUUGCAUUGUUUUUGUCCCUGUUUUAUGUUGGAUUGUAUUUAUACGGUGCGGUGCCCUGAUGUGAGACGCUGGUACAGAAAUACUUUUACAGGACUUGGUAGCACCUCCAAUUAGAACAGCCUUUGGCAGAUGAGGGAAGUCUCUUGCGCCCGGUUGGAGGCUUCCUUGCAAUAGUGCUGAAAGAUGGAAGACCAAGACUCAGCUGGUCCUAAAGCAGGAAAAGGUCCAUAUAUCAUCCAGGCUAGGAGCCCUGGAGAAUUCUGGGAAAGAAAAGUGCAGAAGGUCCUGGGUCAGAAGGACACCCUUAGCUCAGAUGUGAAGCGCCAGCAUUUCAGGCAGUUCUGCUACCAGGAAGUCAAAGGGCCCCGAGAGGUUUGUAGCCAACUCCACAAUCUGUGCUGUCAGUGGCUGAGGCCAGAUCAACGCACAAAGAAUGAGAUCUUGGACCUGGUGGUCCUGGAGCAGUUCUUGGCUGUCCUUCCACCGAAGAUGGAGAGCUGGGUGAGGGAAUGUGGAGCAGAGACCAGUUCCCAGGCAGUGGCCCUGGCUGAAGGUUUCCUCCUGAGUCGAGCAGAGGACAAGAAGCAGGCAGAGCAGCAGGGAAAAGGUCUAUGUGCAGAAGCGGCCCCUGAUUUCCUAGAGUCACAGGAAGCUCCGUUGGACGCCAGAGAGAGUCCCCCGGGGAGGGGGAACGUUCAGGAGAGUGAUGGACAGGCCACCUCACAGGGAAAGAUGUCAACAAGGUCUCCUCGGUCAUCUCUUCUUUGUGCCGGCAGGGAAGCAAGUGCUGUGGAACUGGAUCAGGGUCCACAGUCCCUUGAGGAGUUUUUUCUGAAUUUCACCGAGGAGGAGUGGGCUCUGCUGAAUCCUGACCAGAGAGCGCUGUACAAAGAAGUAAUGGAGGAGAAUUGUUACGAAAUUCAUUACAAAAUCCACACAAGAGAGAAGCCAUACAAAUGCUUAGAGUGUGGAAAGAGCUUCUAUCACAAUUCUACCCUCAUUACCCAUAAGAGGAUCCAUACAGGAGAGAAACCACAUAAAUGCCUGGAGUGUGGAAAGAGCUUCAUACAGAAGACAAGUCUCACUCGUCAUCAAAGAAUUCACACAGGGGAGAAACCAUAUAAAUGCUUGGAAUGUGGAAAGAGCUUCUGUCGGAAGACACAUCUCACUAGUCAUCAAAGAAUUCACACAGGAGGGAAACCACAUAAAUGCUUGGUGUGUGGAAAAGGUUUUCGUCACAGUUGUAACCUUAUUACUCAUCAAAAGAUACAUACAGGAAAGAAAUCAUAUAAAUGCUUUGAAUGUGGAAAGAGCUUCCGUCAGAAAUCAAGUCUAAUUCGUCAUCACAGAAUUCACACUGGGGAGAAACCACAUAAAUGCUUGGAAUGUGGAAAGAGCUUUUGUCACAGUUUUAACCUAAUUACUCAUCAAAGGAUCCAUACAGGGAGGAAACCAUAUAAAUGUGUUGAAUGUGGAAAGAGCUUCCGUCAGAAGACGUAUCUCACUAGUCAUCAAAGAAUUCACACAGGGGAGAAGCCACAUAAAUGCUUGGAGUGUGGAAAGAGCUUUCGUUACAGUUCUGCCCUUAUUAAUCAUCGAAGGAUCCAUACAGGGGAGAAGCCAUAUAAAUGCUUGGAAUGUGGUAAGAGCUUCACAGAGAAAGGAAGUCUCACAAUUCAUCAAAGAAUUCACACAGGAGAGAAACCUCAUAAAUGCUUGGAAUGUGGAAAAAGCUUCUGUCAGAAGGCAACUCUCACUACUCAUCAAAGAAUUCACACAGGGGAGAAACCGCAUAAAUGUUUGGAGUGUGGAAAGAGUUUCUUGGAGAAGAGAAGUCUUACUACUCAUCAAAGAAUUCACACAGGGGAGAAACCUUAUAAAUGCUUGCAAUGUGGAAAGAUCUUCCAUCGCAAAGGAAAUCUCACUACUCAUCAAAAAAUUCACAUAGGGGCGAAACCGCAUAAAUGCUUGGAGUGUGGAAAGAGCUUCACAGAGAAGAGAAGUCUCACUACUCAUCAAAGAAUUCACACCAGGGAGAAACUGCAUAAAUGCUUGGAAUGUGGAAACACCUUCUCUCAGAAAAGAGAUCUCAGUAAUCAUGAAAGAAUUCACACAGGGGAGAAACCACAUACAUCCUUGGAGUGUAGAAAGAGCUUCAUGGAGGAAGAAAAACUCAUUACUCACCAAGAAAUUCAUGCAGGGGAGGAACCGCAUAAAUGCAUGGAAUGUGGAAAGAGCUUCUGUCUCAAGACAAACCUCACUACUCAUCAAAGAAUUCAUAUUGGGGAGAAGCCACAUAAAUGCUUGGAGUGUGGAUGGAGCUUCUCUCAGAAAGCAGAUCUCACUGGUCAUCAAAGAAUUCACACAGGCGUUGGCACAUGCACUCAGAAAUCAUACAAAUGCUCGGAGUGUGGAAAGAGCUUCUCUCGUAGUUCUACCCUUAUUACCCAUAAAAGAAUCCAUACCGGGAAGAAACCGUAUAAAUGCAUUGAAUGUGGAAAGAACUUCUGCCAGAAAUCACAUCUCACUGCUCACCAAAGAAUUCACACAGGGGAGCAACCUCAUAAAUGUUUGGAGUGUGGAAAGAGCUUUUAUCAGAAGACAACUCUCACUACACAUCAAAGAAUUCACACAGGGGAGAAACCGCAUAAAUGCUUGGAGUGUGGAAAGCGCUUCACGGAGAAGGGAAGUCUCACCCAUCAUGAAAGAAUUCACACAGGGGAGAAACCUUAUAAAUGCUUGCAGUGUGGAAAGAGCUUCAUACAGAAGUCAAAGCUCACUCGUCAUCAAAGAAUUCAUACAGGGGAGAAACCUCAUAAAUGCUUGGAGUGUGGAAAGAGCUUCUGUCAGAAGACAACUCUCACUACUCAUCAAAGAAUUCACACAGGAGGGAAACCACUAAAAUGCUUGGAGUGUGGCAAGAGCUUUCGUCAGAGUUCUGCCCUAAUUAAUCAUCGAAGGAUCCAUACAGGGCAGAAGCCUUAUAAAUGCUUGGAAUGUGGAAAAACCUUUUGUCAGAAAUCACAUCUCACUAUUCACCAAAGAAUUCACACUGGAGAGAAACCUCAUAAAUGCUUGGUGUGUGGAAAGAGCUUCAUGGAGAAGAGAAGUGUCACUACUCAUCAAAGAAUUCACAUACGGGAGAAACGAUAUAAAUGCUUCCAGUGUGGAAAGAGCUUCCAUCGUAAGGGAAUUCUCUCCGCUCAUCAAAGAAUUCACACAGGGGAGAAACCACAUAAAUGCUUGGAGUGUGGAAAGAGCUUUUGUCACAGUUCUCCCCUUAUUAUUCAUCGAAGGAUCCAUACAGGGGAGAAUCCAUAUAAAUGCUUAGAAUGUGGAAAGAGCUUCAUACAGAAGACAAGUCUCACUCGUCAAAGAAUUCACACAGGGAAGAAAACACAUAAAUGCUUGGAGCGUGGAAUGAGUUUCACUGAGAAGACAAAUCUCACUACUUGUCAACAAAUUCACACUGGGAAAAAACCAUAUAAAUGCUUGCAAUGUGGAAGGGGUUUCUCUCAGAAACCAGAUCUCACUAGUCAUGAAAGAAUUCACACAGGGGAUAUACUACAUGAAUGCUUGGAGUGUGGAAAGAGCUUCAUGGAGGAGGAAAAACUCACUACUCAUCAACCAAUUCACACAGGGGGGGAACCGCAUAAAUGUUUGCAGUGUGGAAAAAGCUUCUGUCUCAAGUCAAAUCUCACUACUCAUCAAAGAAUUCACAUGGGGGAGGAACUGCAUAAAUGCUCAGAGUGUGGAAGGAGCUUCUCUCAGAAAACAGAUCUCACUAGUCAUCAAAGAAUUCACACGAUGGGGGGCACGUGCACUCGAGGGGAGGAAGAACAGGGUAGCUUCGAUGCUCUGCUCCCCUUCCCUGAUUUAAUCACGUUUUGUACCUCACUGAGACCUUGAAUCACCCACCUGACUAAGUAUAAGUUGUUGUGAGAUGCUCCCAGAUACAUUGGGAGGGGAAGAACAUGCAAUCACAAACUCUUUAAAGACCCUGUCCUCCAUGACCCAUGCAGGGAGGCUGAGUCUAGUACAGUCAAAAUUAAAUUAUUAAGUUAUUUUUGUCAGAUAUGUGGUAACCUGUAUAUGCUAUUAGGUUUGAUCCCAACCUGUUGUUUCAUAGUUUUCUGUUGGCAUAUAAUUCAGUUUUGCUCAGUUUAGCGUUGCACAACCACUCAUUUAGCCACAUGGAGAAUGCAGGCUUCAAGAGGCUGAUGGCUUUGUUGCACCAUCUUAGGCAGAAAGGUGAUUCCCCUCCCUAUACUAGGCAUGCAGGAAGAAAGUGCUGGACCAUCUCUACAUUCCCUUGUGGGCAACCAUCCAGGGUCUGCAUGCCAAUGGUGGGUGUGGCCAAAGGCAAAAGUGGGUGGGGCAAUAGAUAUGACUCUUACAUUCCAGUCACACACAAGUCAGAGGAUUCCACCAAUGUCCAUCCAGGCAUGCAGUGGGAAUUAUCACCGUUCGGAGACACCACCUAGCCAGGCAAAAGCACUUGGGGAGAGUGCGGAGCUCGGCUGUCAAGGGUUGUGGCCUGGGGGAUGGGACAUGGCCUAUGAAAAGUCUCAAGGGCCAGAUGGAGAGCCCUGGAGGCCACAUUUGUCUCCCAAGGCUGAAAUUCUCCACCCUUGCUGUACACAGAAAUAGAGAGGAAGAGAAACUAUUUCUCCCACACACACGUGUCCAGAAAAUCCACAUCCAGACACUGCAUUCUGUAAAAGGCACAAUUUAAUUAAAUGUGAUGUCUUUGGAUGGAUGUUUUUAUGCCAUGGUGGUGCUGGCAAACCUUGGAUUGGGGAUUUUGAUUUGGGAGUGGAGAGGAUAUCCUUGUUUAAAAAUCAUGCAAAUUUAUGAUGUUCCUUUUUUAAAUUUAGUUUCUCGAUCCAGCUUUCCCUUCCUUGCCAUUUUGUGACUGGCAACUCCCUGCAGAAAGUUCAUGAUUGCCACAUUCUCCACAGGCCCCCAAAGACUGCAAACCCCUGCCAUAGAUACUCCCACUUGGCAAAAAGCAACAGGAAUCUUCAGAUCCUCUGCCUACCUUGUCAUUUAGGUUUAAUGUGCUCCAAUAUGCUUCUCCGUCUUAGCAGAAACUUAUUUAACUUCCAUCAGAUGAGCUACACCAGGCUCCUUCAUUGAGUGCCACCUAGCAGUAGCCAUUUCACCGGGAUAUAUGAGGAUAUACAAGAACUCUCUAAUAAGAAACCAGUGUCCCUCCUCUCUUCUAAUUGCCAUUCUUUUUGUGUCGUGUCUUUUAAACUCUACACCUGAAAACAGGGAAUGCGUUUAUUAAUGAUAUUUGUAAGCCACUGAGGGAGCAUUAAGUACAUAAAUAAAAUUUUAUUCCCAGUUAAUAAUCAGUAUCUCUGAGCCUGUUUUGCCUCUUAUCCUCUUCUGUAAACAUCUAAAGAAUCCCUGAAGAUGGUCAAUAUCAUAUUGAAGUGGACCAUCACCUAUCAUGUUACGUUUAACCAUAUUCUAUGACAGAACGUGAUUAUCGACAAGAAGAAGGUCAACUCCAUGUGUUCAACUUUUUCCUUUGAACACUGCUCAGAUGUUGGAAAGGGUUGAUCCUGAGCCUAGGGACUGCAGCCCUUGAUUUCAGAGUGUGGUGGAGGGUGGAUGGAAUCCCUUAUUUUGCCUGUAAUUCCCUUCCAACUCCUCUCCCAUUCCCUCUGUGGGGUAUUUGGUGCAAUUCUGCUUGCCACAACCAGUCCUGGAGAUGUCUGCUGAGUACGAAGCCUGGCAGUUUUUAAAGUUACAAUGAGAUUAUAAGGUUGAUGACCCAGAUGGGUGUAUCAAGAGGACUAAACCUUUAUUUCACUCCAAGCCUCCUAGUAUUAUUAGAAUCUGUUAGUCACUUUCUAGCUAAAAAAGGUCUCCAAGUGACACAACCAUUUUUAAUAACAAAACAGCACUAAUUAGUGUUAAUCAUUCUGUAUUUUUUUAAAAAAAAAUAUAGAUUUUAAGGAUUGUGAUGUUUUAGUGAUUUUACCGUACUUUUGUAUGAUUUGGCACUUUAUAAAUAUUCUUAUGAAUAAGCAAAACCAUGAAUAAAAGCAGUUAUUAUGAAAUAACUUUGAACAUUUCAUAAAAAACUAUAGCCAGCUCCCAAUAAAAACAGCAGCAAAUAAAUCAUCAAGAAAAGCCAACAACAAUUAUAUUCGUAGUUCAACAAACGCAUGGUGAAAGAAGUAAUUUUUUUCCUGGCGACAGAAAGAUCUUAGUGAUUGUGCCAGGCAGACUUCACUCUGGAGAGACUUCACAAACGAGGAGUCACAACUGAAAAGUCCCUUUCCAUAGUCAAAGUAGUUCAAUUCUGAUUUUUGGUGUACAAAGCCCUAUACAGCUUGGGACCAGGAUACCUGAAAGAUCUUCUUACCCCUUAUAUACCCAGUCGAUCACUAUGCUCUCCAGGUGGGGGCCUCCUGCAGAUACCAUCUUAUCAGGAGGCCCGUUCCACACAACAUAGGAAGCAGACCUUUAGUGUGGUGGCACCGACCCUUUGGAAUUCCCUCCCCUUAAUUAUUAGACACUUGCUGUCUCUGUGUUUGGCACCUAAUGAAGACCUUCCUCUUUCAAUAAGCCUUUUAAGUAGAGACCUUAUCCCAGUUUGUGUCUG